AUGUAGAUUAGUAUGCUGCGAGCCAGUCGAUCGAAUUUAUUGGAGCAGCCACUUGAGAUUACUAGAACACAAGUAAUUAUAGUUCUGAUUCAUCGCCAAGAGAAUUAUACAGUUUCAAACUACGCGGGGCAAGGUUUUGCGACGCAGAAGCAAUUAGCUGGUUUCAAAUACGAAUUUCUGGAAAACGGAGAGGAUGUUAUCAAACCGCGAUAGCUGGAUUUAUCGAAGCAAAUGGAGGCUUUAUUUGUCGCUGCUAUUUGCUGUUUUGUGCAGUACGCUUAGCGAAUUCGAAGCGGCAACAGCAGGUAGGAGAACUACCCAGCCGAUCAUCCCGAAAAGCCCAGCCACUAAGGAUAAGAGAGUAAUGGAGCCGGCAUUUGCGAACGCUGGCCAAGUUCCCGGCUUGGAAAUUUGGCGUAUCGAAAAUUUCAAACCCGUUGCUUACCCAAAAGAUCAAUAUGGAAAGUUCUACACAGGCGAUUCCUAUGUUAUCUUGUUUACUAAGGACAGCAAUGGAAUUAAAAGCUGGGAUAUCCACUUUUGGCUGGGCAAGGAAACGUCUCAAGAUGAAUCUGGAACUGCCGCUAUUAUGACUGUACAUCUGGAUGAUCAACUUGGCGGAGGCCCGGUUCAAUACCGUGAAGUGCAAGAGCACGAAUCCCAAACUUUCCUCUCCCAUUUCAAAAAUGGUGUGAGAUAUUUACCUGGUGGCAUUGCUACAGGAUUUUCUCAUGUGGAUCGUAAUAAGCACGAUAAGAAGCUGUACCACAUUAAGGGCAAGAGGAACAUCAGGGUUAAGGAAGUUAAGCUUAGCAUUGCUUCCAUGAAUAAGGGCGAUUGCUUCAUUUUGGAUGUUGGUUCUGAUGUUUACGUUUAUGUUGGGCCUAAAUCCAAGAGGGCCGAGCGUCUUAAGGCUAUAAGCGCCGCUAACCAAGUCAGGGAUCAAGAUCACGGUGGAAGGUCCAAGAUUCAUAUCAUUGAUGAAUACAGCACUUCCAGCGAGUAUGAUGAGUACUUCAGUAAAUUAGGAGAAGGUUCGCAAAGUGAGGUUCCUGACGAGAGCGCAGGCGGAGAUGAUGAACAAUUCGAGAAGCAACAGGAGCACGUUGUUACCUUGUACAAGGUGUCUGACGCUUCAGGAACUUUGGAAACAACUGAGAUCGGACAGAAGCCACUUCUGCAAAGCAUGCUUGAUACCAACGAUUGCUUCAUUCUUACUACAGAGUCUGCAAACAUUUACGUUUGGGUAGGAAAGAAAUGCAAUUCUAGAGAGAGGAGCCAAUCUAUGAACACAGCUCAGACCUUCAUGAAGACCAAGAAUUAUCCUGACUGGACUCAGAUUCAGCGAAUCGUCGAGAAUGCUGAACCAUCAACAUUCCAGCAAUACUUUAAAACCUGGAAAACCAGCAGCGAACUGCACACACGGCUUAUUCGCUCAACUGAUGUAACUGAUAAAGCAAAAAUUGAGCAGAAAAGCGGCGGAGCAGCUCCCGAUUUUAUGCCUGAUGAUGGAUCAGGUGAACUCGAAAUCUUCAGAAUUGAAGAUUUCGAACUCGCCCCCGUAGAUAAAGAAACCUACGGCAAAUUCUUCGGAGGAGAUUCGUACGUUAUCAAAUAUACAUACAAUUCAAACAACUACAUCAUUUACAUGUGGCAAGGAAACGAAAGCACCAACGACGAGAAAGCUGCUUCAGCUUUCCAAGCUGUGAAGUUGGAUAAUGAAUUGCACGGUAAAGCCGUACAAAUUCGUGUCGUACAAGGUCACGAGCCGAAGCAUUUCCUUCAUAUUUUCAAAGGAAAACUUGUUACUUUCUUGGGUGGAAAAGCCAGUGGCUUCAAGAAUUUGAAUGACCACGAUACAUACGUUGAAGGAGAAACCAGGAUGUUCCGCAUUCGUGGAACCAACGAAGAUGAUGUUAGGGGUUCUCAGCAAGUAGCUUCAGCUAAAUCUCUAGCUUCAGAUGAUGUUUUCAUCGUGGACAACGAUAGCAACACUUGGAUUUGGAUGGGCAAAGAUUCCAACGAACACGAGAAAAGUUUGGCUGAGAACUUUGCGACUUUCUUAGUACCAAAUUCCAGUCCAGAAGUAAUCAAUGAAGGCGACGAACCUGAUACAUUUUGGGAUGCGUUGAAUGGCAAGGAUAGCUAUGCCGAAAGCUUCGAAUCCGAGCAACAACCAGCUCUUCAACCGAACUUAUACCAUUGCAUUUUGACACCAUCGAACAAUAUCAAGAUUGAAACUAUUAAAGAUUACGAACAAGACGAUUUGGUUGAAGAUGACGUUAUGAUUCUAGAUGCAGGAAAUGAGGUUUACGUUUGGAUUGGCAGUGGAGCUGAUGAAGAUGAGAAGAAACAUAGCGUGAUUUUAGCUCAAAACUAUUUGAGAGGCCACGGUCGUAGUCACGUCAUUGUGCUCGUCGUGAAACAAGGUUCUGAGCCCAGUGUCUUCACUUCUCUGUUCCCAUCUUGGGAUGAAGGGAUGUGGGAUAAUCAAGUAUCUUACGAGUCGAUCAAAUCAAAAUUUGAAAACUAAUUAUUAAUAAGUUAAGGUUUUUAUUAAAAUUUAUAUUCAAAAUGAUGACAGUACAGUAAUGUGGUGCUUUCUUAGAAUAAAGUCCGAUUUUUUUUUUAUA